AUGGCAAACCCUGCUGGUGUAGACAUUUCACGACUCGACUGCCACACGGCACAUCGAAUCAUGGUAGUCUCGGAUCAAGGGACAGAGCCGAUGCAUAGUAUUCGAGCCAAGGCAUCGUUUUCUCAAGCCUUCGCCUCCGCCUCCAUAAUCCGCGGUAGCAAAGAAAAUCGAUGCGCUCUACCAACCAAACGGCUCACUGUCCCACCAAGAGCGCCAUCGCCAUCAAGAAAACGUCAGUCCAUUGACGUCCUGACGACUUAUCCCGCCUCCUUCCUUCCUUCUACGGUGCCCACAACCUGGAAACCGCACCAUUCCGUGACCCCGCCAAAAGCACGCUCUCUCAUCCUUCGCGGUCGAUGUUCCGUCAUCGUGCAGCGCCCUUUCGUCUCGGAUGUCCAGCUGGUAUCUGUCGACUUCACGAGGCGGAAUGGGUGGGUCUUGGGAACGGACAGGCGAGGACGGACUGCGUGA